UGAAAGUUCGGAAUAAUUUUUAUAGCUAUAUAUCCUUUAAAAAAACAAUUAUAAAUGAUAUAUGCACUGACCAUGCGCGAAAGGGAAUUAUGAGGUUUCAACCAAACACAAUCAGUCUUUAUCAAAAAAUGUCAUCCAAAGAUACACCUACAGAUCCUGCACCUCCUGCGUCUGCCGAAGGGACUUUUUCGACCGAAUUGCAAUUCGAACAUUCACAAGACAAAGAGACGGUGGGACCGACUUCCGAGAAGGCGGCAGAGAGUGUUUUCAAGGUUCCCAAAGUCGUCGACUGGAAAAAGAUGAGCGGAAAGACGAAAAAGACCAGGUACACCGAGAAGAUGUCGAAGAUCGCCGUGUCCGGUUCACCCAGGCUGACAAUGCGUGGCAGCUUCACGCCAAGAAAGCGGCUCGUCACGUACAUGAAGAUCUCGAGAGAACGUGCCAAAAAAAGAAAAGACGAUGAUAAAAAGCUCAAAGAAGUGACGAAGAAAGACGGGACGAAGAAAACAGUUAAAAAAGCGCCGACCUUGUUACAGUCAAAAAUACGAAUAGAAGAGACGUUUCCGGAAUCAACAAACAACAAUUUUAGUCAUUAUGACCAACAAAAUCAUUUGUCCAAUUCCUUUGUCAAGUCGUACCUGAAAAUGUCAAUUAUUGUCUAG